AUGAAAUCAAACAUACCUCUCAAAAAUAGCACGUUUCGAAUAAACCAUGGCUUGGUUCAGUUUCAUUCCCGUAUUGCUUCCCUGUGUCUGUCUGCUGCCUCCCGGCCCAGCACAGCCCUCCGCUGCCCGGUGCCGCCUCGGCUCUGCGGCCUCCGGCAGGCUGCCCGGCCCCGGGUCACGGGAACAGGGGAAGAAGGAGAUCCUGCAGUAAUCGCUGCUGCUGUGAAAGAACCAAUUUUUGAUGUGACAAAGCCUGGUGUGUUUUGCGCCGAGAGCCGAAGAAAUUGCCAUAUAAUGGCCGAUUUUCGAGUUGGUUUGGAUGCUGCUGGUAAGACAACUAUUCUUUAUAAACUGAAACUAGGAGAAAUUGUCACCACAAUUCCCACUAUUGGUUUUAAUGUGGAAACGGUAGAAUAUAAAAACAUUUGUUUCACAGUUUGGGAUGUUGGUGGUCAAGAUAAAAUUAGACCUCUUUGGAGGCAUUAUUUCCAAAACACACAGGGCCUCAUUUUUGUGGUAGACAGCAAUGACAGAGAGAGAAUCCAAGAAGCAGCAGAAGAGCUGCAGAAAAUGCUUCAGGAGGAUGAGCUGCGAGAUGCAGUGCUGCUUCUGUUUGCAAACAAACAAGAUCUGCCCAAUGCCAUGGCAAUCAGUGAAAUGACAGAUAAACUAGGUCUUCAGUCUCUGCGUAACAGAACUUGGUAUGUCCAGGCUACCUGUGCUACGCAAGGAACUGGUCUGUACGAGGGACUUGACUGGCUGUCAAAUGAACUCUCAAAACGCUAACUCAAACUGGAUGAUUCUUUCACCAGGGACAUGUUUGAUAUAAGUGGUCUAGGCUUGUUACAACAAAAUUAGUUUGCAUCUUGGUUAUUACAGUAUCUGGAACUGAUAUUUGGGCAGGAUAUUACAGCGUUUCAACUUAUUUUGUUGCCAAUUAUUGUUUACCAAGCUACAUGUUGCAAAGGUAGCAAUAUGCUUGGGUAAAAAUCUCCUUAACUUGGAAAAAGUGUAUCUUCUGAUUUUAUUCCCCUUGUUAGCCUAAAUGCCUGAAUAUAGUUAUUGUGACAUCUUUAAGAUCUGUUUUGAAUACUCUUUUGAGCCCCAAUAAAUUAAUGUUUUAAAUUUUUUUUCUCCCUGCUACUUUUAGUUUACUGAUGCCCUGUUUCAUUCCUCAGACAGUCUGCUGAUUUAAAAAUGUAGCAUUCCGUAUGUAUUUAUUUCUCUCCCUUGCCAAAAAGAAUUCCUAAUACUGCUUGUUCCAGCCAAGGAAAUCAUCUAAAACACUAUACAAAUCUACUGCACUGAGGAACAUUUUAUUAAUCCUUGGGUUUUGUCAGCCCAACUUGCCUUUUUGUGAAUUGGAUUUGAUGGGUAGAAUAGUUCUGUGCUGGUUGCGAAGAGCUCAUGUUGAGGUUGUUUUUAAUAUUCAGCAGAUUGUCUUCCUUUAUAUUGUAUCUUUUUUUUUUUUUUAUGUUGCAUGUUGCUUUUUGGUAUCAGCCUGACUAUUUUUGCCCAGUGUAUAAUAGUUCUGCUGAAGUUUUACUGUUUGUUGGUGAACAUAUCUUCAUAAAGAAAUUUUGGGAAAUUCAUCAAACUCAAUGGAUUAGUUUCUUCAUAACCCACUUGGAAUUAUUCCUAAUAAAAUUAUAAAAUGUAUAGUUCUGUGUAUGCUCUUCUUGAUUCCUGAAAUAGUUGAACUGAAAGUUAUCACUUACUCUUUUUCCAUAUACUGAGCUUCCCUGCAGCUUGAAUGUGAACAUCAGUCUCAGAUUUUCCUUGUUUGGAGCUAUGUAGAGUGGGACACGGAAGGUGGGCAACAAAGUUGUAUACAGUGCAGUAGAGUAGCUGUCAUCAAGACUUGUAUAGUUCUGUAAGUGUCUUUUGAAGUUGUAAAUCUAAAAUUCCUUUUAAGAUGUCCAGAUAUGAAAAUACUAACAGUUACAAAAAUUGUAAUAAAACAAAUACGAACUGCCUGAAAAGCA